UCUUGAGGCGACUCUGCACUUCAGUUCUGACGGCGCGUGCACAGUACAUUCUCCGUGCGCCUUAAUUUCAGGUGGGAUUUACGUCGAUAAAAAAAAAACCUACACGAGACUUUCGGCGUGCAUGUUACAUCCUAACGAAAAAGUGACAGCAGGAACAUGUUUGUCUCCGGGGUUUUGCCAAUAUUGCUGUGCUGCGUUAUGAAGUUGAGCGUCGCGCGCAGGACCGGUGCUGAAGACGGAGAGACUGUGGAGAAGAUUAACAGCGCGCGCUGCACCUCGCGCUGCCUCACGCUGCACAUCACUCAGCUCACCUCCGCCUUCAGACGCCUUCAGAGUGAUGAUGUUCUGGGCUGGUGUGAAAACCAUAGGAGAUGCGCUCAGUGCCUACAGCCAUGCAAGGAAUUAUGGGAAACCAGAAGGGUUCUUCCUCACAAGUUUUGUGAGAAGCAUCACGAGUGUGUGACCAGUGCUGAGUUCUUACAGUCGCUGCAGAUGCAGAAGCAGGGAGAUUGUCCUUCUCCUCAAAGGGCAUCAGGCUUCGCAGCCGCCUGCGUGGAGAGUUGCAGCGCUGACAGCGAGUGCUCUGGAGCUAAAAAGUGCUGUUCCAACGGCUGUGGCCACACCUGCCAAGCACCAACCAACCUUUAUAAAGGCGUCCCCCUGAAGCCAAGGAAAGACAUGGCCUUUAUAGAGGACCAGCACGGACAGCUGGAAGUGACAUGGAUGUCUAAGUUCAAUGUGUCUAUUGAGCCAGUGCUGUAUAUUCUGCAGAGGAGAUGGAACCAUGGCAUUCAUCCCAGUGAAGACGAAGCCUCACCCUGGCGCACUGUUCUGAUGACCAUGGAAGAACGGGCCUUGCUGCAGGAUGUCCGGCCCCACAGGUGGUACCAGUUUCGGGUGAGCGCAGUGAACAGCCAGGGCACACGUGGCUUCACCACUCCCAGCAAGCACUUCUUCUCAGCCCGAGACCCGCUGCCCCCAGAGAGGCCACAGAACAUCAGCGCUGCGAAUCAGACUGUGAGCGCUGAUGGCAGGGUGAGCGUGCUGCUUCGCUGGGACCCCCCCAGAGAGGGAGACCUGCUGCUCAACCAUUACAAAGUGACCUGGAGCGGCCCGGGUGGAAAGGAAAGCAGCAGGGUCGCAGACGGGACUCUGGCAGAGAUGGAGCUGGGAGGACUCCAGCCAGACACCCAUUACAUGGUGAACAUUCAGGCAGUUUCUUUCUGGGGACAGAAGCGCUUGAAGAGCAGCCGUGCACAGUUUUCCUUCAAAACAGCUGCUUCCACUGCAGGCUUCUCACCAGUUACAGGGGACUUUUCCAAUGAGCUACCCAUCUCCCGUUCAUCACCCAGAGUCCUCCGACUUGAAGCUGCAGCUCCCCACUACCACAACAACCAGGUGCAGGUCAAGGUGUUUUGGAAGAGUCGAAUCUCAGAAAACCAUAGGGGUUCCACUUCAUACCUUUUAAGCUGGCUUCCAGAGGUAUGUGCUAAUAACGUGACCAAGAGAGAGAGAACGGCUACUGUACAGGGCACACAUUUUGUCAUCACAGGCCUUCUCUUUGCCUGUAAGUACAAAGUAACAGUGACACCCCUCUCUGAGCAAGGAGAGAAGGCCAGGGCCGUGACCUCAGUCACUACCCCACAGUGCUCAAUGCUGAAAGGUCAUGGGAAGAAACUACUGUCCUGUGCCCAAGAUGAGCGCCAUCUACAGGCAAAGAAAGCACUGCAGCGGCCCGAGAAGUUGUUAGCAGAGUUUCAGACAGUAAACGGCUCCCUGGAAGGUCUGUUCAGCUGGAAGGUAUCUGAGACCGCACCCGGCCAGACACCCAUCACAGGAUUUCAGUUCUCUUGGGUCAAAAUCUCCAGCAGAUGUGUGAACAAUUCUCCAGACACACUCAUCUCUCAUACACUAAAUCUUGCGCCUGAUCAGCACUCAGUCAGGGUGGAACAGCUCCAGCCAAAGUGUGUGUACAAGGUGCAGGUGCAGGCUCUGUCUGAAGCAGGCAGCGGGUCCUCGGUGGCCAAAAUGAUAAACACUCCACAGCUUAACGGCACACCGCUAUGA